AUGGCUGCUGGGGCCGCGGCAGCCGCGGAGCGGGGCCUGCUGCGCCUCUUGCAGCGCCUGGACGAGAAGGCGGAGAAGGCGCGAAAGAAGGGUGAGCAGAAGCAGGAGAAGAAGGAGGAGAAGGAGGGGGAGAAGGGGGAGGAGAAGGGGGAGGAGGAAGAGAAGGAAGAGAAGGAAGAGGAGAAGGAAGAGAAGGAAGAGAAGGAGGAGAAGGGAGAGGAGAAGGGUGAGAAGGAGCAGGAGGAGGAGGAGGAGGAGCUCGAGCUGGGCAGGUAUGUCACUGCAGAGCUCUCGGAGCUCAGUGGCGUCUGGUCCUCUGAAAGCUCGCAGGGCUCUCGGCUGGUGCGCAGUUUGGGGUGCCACUUGGAGGAGCUGUCGCCGGGACUUUGCGCCAAGGCAGUUCGGUCCUUUGCACCUUUGCAAGGAGAUGUCAAGGAGCAAAUGACAGCUCUGACCUCCUCUUUCAAUGACUGGCUAGCCAUGCUCACCCCAAAGGAAGCGGAGGAAGCGGAGGAAGCGGAGGAUCUGGAGCUGUCGGAGGAGGCACUCGGAGCCAUCGAGGAGCACCUCAGAGUCCUUGAUGCCGCAUCUUACCUCCAGUGUUGCUACCGAUGGGUCGACCAAACCAACAUCAAAGUGGACUUCCUUGUGGCCCUUGCUUUGGUCUUCAGGGCUCUGGAGAAGUGCAAACAGCUGUCCGAAAAAGUGCGUGAGCUCUCCAACCGGCUCCUACUGCGCUUCUUCAGCGAUGGAGAGGAGAAAGACGACAAAGACGGGCAAGCUCCGCAAGCCGCACGGGACCGAUGCUUCUCCUGGCUGGAGGGCCGGCUGCGUCGCUACGACCGUGAAUGGAGGCAGGCCGCGGAGCUCGCGAAAAGCGCAGGCUUUGCCGGUGAACUUCGACGAAGCCUCGGCCGGGCAGUCGAGGCUUCAAUGGCUUCCUCAUCUUCAUGGCUUCUGUUGCCAAGGUGGCCGAUGGCCCACUGCUCCGUUGCCAAGGCUCUCAACGCCUUCGUCGCCGAGUACCCGCUCCGAGCCAGCCGCCUCAGCCGCCGCGGCCUCGCAGAUCUCUCAGAUCUCUCCGAGUGCCCCAAGUACAGCCUCCAGCCGUCGGCCUUGCUCCACGUGCUCAACGAGCUCCUCGACCCCUUUGACGUCGAGGAGGCUCGAGGGCUUGAAGGCGGCGUUCGCCUCAACGAAGCUUGGGAGGCAAUCAAAGCUGUGCAAGAUGCUCCUCCACCGGCAAGAGAGCCUGAAGCUUCAAAGGCGAACCAGAAGUCCAGCACGCAAAAAACACCUCAAAGCUCCAGCUCCAGUAUCCCCAACAAUCCCAAAGUGACCCAGUCCGUGACGGAGAACCCAAAGGCCUCCAAAUUGGAAGCCCCUGUUGGCAAAGCGCCCGGCGGCGAGGCGCCCAGGGAAGCGCCCAGGGAAGCGGCUGCAGCGCCGGCCACCACGGCGCCGGCGGCCACGGCGCCGGCGGCCACGGCGCCGGCGGCCACGGCGCCGGCAGCCACGGCGCCGGCGGCGGGACCGAAAAGGAGUCGGAGUCGAAGCCGGCGGAGCAGCAGCGGCGAGAGCCUGCAGCCAAAGCUCCUGAAGGCCCGCAAGAAGGACUCCGCCAAGGACGGCAAGGAGAAAGACAGGUCCCAAGAAAAGAGUGAGGCGAAGGAGAAGGGAACCAGGGCUCCAGCUCAUUCCUCCCACCCAAGCCACUUGAAUCCUAGCCAGUACUUCUAUCCGAUGCACUGGGGACCCAUGGCAAUCCCUGGAAUGAUGGGGCACAGGCCUGGCCUCCCCAUGACCAUGCUGCCGCAGCCGUACCUGAUGCCUGGCAUGCCCAUGCCCAUGGGUGGGGAAAGGAGGAAGAAGGACAAGCACGACAAGCACGAAAAGCAUGAGAAGAGGAAAGACAAGCACCGCAACAAGGAGAAGGACCGAGAGAAGGAGCGAGACGAGAGUGGAUCGGAGUCCACGCGCGAAAAGAAGCGCCGGAAGAAGAAGGACAAGACAGCUAAGAAGGAGAAGAAAGAUAAAUCCAAAUGA